AAUCGGGCUGUGCAAUAAAUGCUGGUCUUGCUGGUGACGCUAGAUCCCGAACAUGGAAGAAUUUAAAAAGCCGGGAGAAGUUGGACCGGUUAGGAAACUGUCCAGAAGACAGAAAACGGAGGGCAGUGAUUCAUGCUGUAAUGCCAAUCCGCAGAGAAGUGCCGAGCGAGGGUCCCAAGGUCCAGCGUUGGAACCACUACUUUUUUUCUAAUUCACGCCAGUGAUCUUGGUGGUCAAAUCCAAGGCAAAGUAAUCAGAUCCUCAGACAUCAGCGAACAGGGAGGAACAGUCUGUAUGCGAGCAGUUAACCAGAAAGUCUGGAAGGACGGGCUUUUCAGACCAUACAAGAAAUUAUUUCACAGAUGAAAGUAAAAUGGUAAAUAGGUUGGAUAAGAUUAAUCGAAACAUUACGUUAAACUGCGAGAACGAGGCCGGGAGCAUCAGGUUCAAAUUGGUAACAGGUAACGUUAGGACUGACCUGCUGGUUCAACUUUAGUUCCUCGGGUUAGGUGACAGCCCAGAGCCCCGCCUCAACAAUGAAACUCGAUACGAAGUCAUUCUCAGGCAAGGGCACGCAAAUUCCAAGUCCCCAGUAUGGGACUGCAUAUUCCUCGUCUGCUUGCUGUGUUUGGCAUCUUUGUGGAACCUAUCGUUGGCUAUAGAAAUGGUCUGGUGACCGUGGCUUGUGACUCCAUGAUUGCAAAGCAUGGCGCCGUACCUCAGAAAUCACCAAGUCCUGCCAUUAUCACAGUGGACAAAAAUGUAAUCAACGCAAGUGAUCAAAUAAAAGUUACCCUCAGUGUGAGGCAGUCUGGAACUUCAUUCCAAGGAUUUUUUAUACAAGCACGAGAUGCUGCUGAUCUGAAUGCAGGACCUCUUGGGACCUUUACUUUGAUUGAUGAUCAGAACUCCCAGCUCUUGACAUGUGGGGGUGUAAAAGACUCAGCAGUCAGUCACACAAGCUCAUCAGGAAAACACACAAUUGAGGUGCUUUGGAACCCACCCCUACCAAAACCAGAUCACAUCCAAUUCCUGGCCACAGUAGUUCAGAAGUUCAAUACGUACUGGGUCAAAUUACGUGGUCCAAUAGUUUCUCAAGUAAAUGCUCCUCCUCUGUCACAACAGGCUGCAACAGAGUCUCCACCAGUACUACCAAUAACCACCCAGCUAGCUAAACCAUUUAAUGCUACAGACUGUGGUGAUAAGAAAUCCUGCCUGCGGAAUCCCACUGGAUGUGACCCUGAGCUCGACAGAUUGUGCUUCUUCCUCUCCUUUACAGUGCAAGGCUCUUCAGUGCUUUUUGAGUUGAGUGGACCAUCUAAUGGGUACAUUUCAUUUGCCCUGUCAGAUGACAAAUGGAUGGGUGAUGAUGAUGUUUAUUUAUGUGUUGUUAAUGAUCAAAGUGUACAGAUCAAUCCAGCCCAUUCCACUGGCCGCUCACAUCCAAUAUUGAACUCACAGGUUUCUAUUUAUGACAUGGCAUGGAGAUUGGAAGAUGGGGUGACCCAGUGUUCAUUCAGAAGAAACAUUCGGCUCCCUAAAUAUAGUGAACGCUUUGACCUGGACAGGCGAUAUUACAUUUUCCUAGCAGAAGGGAAAGCAGAAAAUGGAAGAAUUCAUAAACAUCAUCGGCAACCACUGAUCACACAAGGGAAAGUACAUUUACAUGGUUCUCCUAAAGAACUGCAGGGUUCUCGGUCUCCACGAUACAUUAAGGCUCACGGAUCAUUAAUGUUUAUUGCAUGGGUGACUACAGCCAAUAUUGGUGUCAUUGUAGCUCGAUUCUUUAAAUCUCUCUGGCCAUCUACCACAUUGUUUGGGAAAAAGAUCUGGUUUCAGGUGCACAGGAUUCUGAUGAUGACCACAGUAUUGUUCACGUGCCUUGGGUUUAUUCUUCCUUUUCUUUACAGAGGAGGCUGGAGCCAUUAUGCAGGUGCCCAUCCAUACUUUGGCUGUAUGAUUCUUACACUGGUGAUUCUUCAGCCUCUAGUGGCCAUCUUCAGACCCAAUCCAAGUGCACUCAGGCGAUACCUCUUUAACUGGUUUCAUUGGGCUACAGGCACUUUUGCUAGAAUAAUUGCAGUUGGAUCGAUCUUUCUUGGAAUGGAUCUGCCAGCCCUGGAUCUCCGCAACCCUUGGGAUACAUUGGUCAUGGUUGGAUUCAUAGUUUGGCAUGUUGCAACAGAAUUAAUUCUAGAAGCACAUAAUUACAUAAUUACUUGUAAAGCACAAAAACGAGAAGAGGAUAAAAUGGAGAUAAUGGAUUCAAGUGAAUUGAUUGACCCACAGGGUCAUAGGCUUAAAAUGAUGGUAUUAACAAUCUACAUCUGCGGAAACCUAACAUUUCUGAUAAUAUUACUUGUUGGAAUUAGCCUUAUUUGAUGUCCACCUUGAUGCCUCCUGCAUUUUGCCUCCAUUGAUCGUGACCUUGAAGCUGAUGCCAUCUGAGUUUUUUCUGAUGAGAUGGUAGUAUUCCCUGCUAGUCAUUCAGCGAACUGAAGAUUCAUCAGGCAGAGAAUUCAAAUACUUCAUCAAAAGGCUCUUAUUAUUUUACUUUCUAUUCCAGAAACAGCAUAAGUCUGAAUUAUUUAGAGAUUAACAGUGUGACAGGUUAACAAACCAAUAAGGCAAAAGUGUGUGAAAGUAACAGGCAUUAGCUGUGAAAAGCAAACAGUUACAAUGUUUGUAGUUAUGGAUUACUUCCGUGAUUUUAGAUUAUUAAAUACAAUUUAAUAGAAAAAGAUGUUCACUGAUAUAACUUGGUCUACAAAAUACUAGUAUAAAUCAAAAGUAAUGUUAUUAAAAAGUAACAUUCUCAAGUUAAUAACGACUCACUGUAUUUUGUUGGUUUGUGAAUGAACUUGUCCCAUUAAAUUACAAAUUUAAUGGACAUUAAAGAAUUUUCUUUCUCUAACUCGGCAUCAUUUGAAUUAGUAUAGAAUGGGUGUGAACCAUUGUAUGGAUAGUUUUUUACAUCUAUUGCUGUGCAUAUU